UGGUACGUGGGCCCCGGCGUCCAGCGAGCCCCUGUCCACGAGGGCAGGGUACGCGGGGCCCUCUUCCUGCCUCCAGGACCUGGGCCUUUCCCGGGCGUGAUCGACAUGUUUGGGGGCGCGGGGGGCCUCAUUGAGUUUCGAGCCGGGCUGCUGGCCAGCCGGGGCUUUGCAGUGCUGGCCCUGGCCUUCUUCGCCUACGAGGACCUGCCCCGUGUGCUGGCCCAGCUGGACCUGGAGUACUUCGAGGAGGCAGCCGAGCUGCUCCUGCGGCACCCUAAGGUGCGAGGGCCCGGGCUGGGUGUCAUCGGUGUGUCCAAAGGGGCGGAGGUAGCCCUGGCUAUGGCUGCCUUCCUGCCGCAAGUGGUGGCCACGGUGUGGAUCAACGGCUCAGCCUUCCUCCACGGCACCCCGCUGCUCUACAAGGGCCUCUGCAUCCCCGCUGUCCCCUACUACCCUGAGCGCCUGAUGUUCACUGAGUUGGGAGCCUUCGACAACUACGGCGUCUUCGGGGACCCCCGGGACCCUGCUCACAGCGGCUCUGCCAUCCCCGUGGAGAAGAUCCGGGGCCAGGUGCUCUUUGUGGUGGGAGAGGCUGACCGUAACUUCAACAGCAAGCUCUUCGCUGAGCUGGCCAUGGUACGGAUGAGGAAGGACAGCUACUGCCUGCUCUCCUACGCUGGCGCCGGGCACCUCAUCGAGCCGCCCUGCUCGCCGCUCUGCAGCAUCUCGACCAUUCGGGGCACCCCCAGCCCCGUGCUGUGGGGGGGUGAGCCCCAGCCUCAUGCCAGGGCCCAGGAGCACUCGUGGCAGGAGAUCAUCCGCUUCCUGGAGCUGCAGCUGGGUCCUGUCUCCAGAUGCCACCUGUGA